UGUUAGCGCUAUAGCUGCUGUACGUCGCGCUUCAAAAUCUGCUCCAGGUGUAAUAAUACGUCUCUAGCGUUGCUACGCACAGCCUUGUUGCUUGACCAGCCGUCUCUGGGUUUCCGCAAAACACCGGCGUGAAGCGGAGACGCUAGAAUAGGAGAAAUCAGAGGGUUCUGUUGUGAUCGAAACUAACACGCAGGAGAAAUGUGAACCUGCUUCAGAUGUGCUGGAAUCCGACAGUGGAGUUUACACACGGUUCAUGAAGAAUCGCAAAUGCUACGAUCUCAUUCCCAUCAGCUCAAAGCUUGUUGUUUUUGAUACCUCCCUUCAGGUGAAGAAAGCAUUCUUUGCUCUAGUCACUAAUGGGGUAAGAGCUGCACCACUCUGGGAUAGCAAAAAGCAAGGCUUUGUAGGCAUGCUAACCAUAACAGACUUCAUCAAUAUUCUUCAUCGCUACUACAAGUCACCCAUGGUACAGAUUUAUGAGCUGGAGGAACAUAAAAUUGAGACAUGGAGAGAGCUUUACUUGCAGGAUUCCUUUAAGCCUCUGGUUAGCAUUUCACCCAAUGCAAGUCUGUUUGAUGCUGUCUCAUCACUGAUAAAGAACCGUAUACACCGUCUUCCUGUCAUCUCUCCUGACUCGGGGAAUACUCUGUACAUCCUGACACACAAACGCAUCCUGAAAUUCCUUAAGCUUUUUAUGUCUGAACUUGAAAAACCUGAUUUUGUGACCAAAUCUCUUAAGGAUCUUCACAUCGGCACUUAUGAAAAUAUUGCCCUUGUUCGCCCGGACACUCCAGUGUAUGUUGCUUUAGGCAUCUUCGUGCAGAGGCGGGUGUCUGCUUUGCCAGUUGUGGAUAAUAAAGGACGCGUUGUAGAUAUAUAUUCCAAGUUUGAUGUCAUUAAUCUGGCGGCUGAGAAGACGUACAAUAACCUUGACAUCACGGUGACCAAAGCUCUGGGCCAUCGUUCCCAUUACUUUGAAGGUGUUCUGAAAUGUUAUGAGCAUGAAACACUUGAGACUAUCCUCAACCGGCUGGUAGAAGCAGAGGUUCACCGGCUGGUUGUGGUUGAUGAGAAUGAUGUAGCCAAGGGGAUUGUCUCUCUUUCAGACAUAUUACAGUGUUUGGUUUUGACAACUGGGGGUGAGAAGAGCUUAAUUUAAAGGUUCUGAAUUAAUCUGUAUGAGGCAUUUCAAAUCUCAGCAUCUAAAUGCAGUACUGAAUAAGCUGCAAAAUACCAGCAAGAUCUUGAACACAUGGAGAAAGUCCUGGCAAUAGUAGAGUGGGAUAUAUCUUGUGGGAUAUACAGUAUAAAAACAAUACGGAUUCCAUACUCCUCACCUCUAAGCCAUUCUCAAACUGAACAUUUCCACUCUGAGAGAUCUACAGCACUAUGAAACAUAGUUGAAUACAGGAUAUUUUUGCACAUUUUUCAGUAUUUUAGGGCUUUAAGCCCUCUUAAAUUUGUAUGCACUGCCCAAGAACCCCAGCAACACAUGACUCUUUCCAUGCUCUCUGCAUGUUAAUGUGCAGUGUGGAAGAAUACAGCUUAAAACGGCCAGUGCAGGAAGUCAUUACAGAGCGUAUGAUGCCUGAUUUAUUUUUUUCUAGACGUGGAGAAUCCUGGGUGACUUUGUAGAUCACUAUCAUUUUUUCUUACAAUGGUUUCUGUUCAAUCUUUAGACCUAGGGAUGAAUAAACAGUUAAGUGACUGCUUCUUCCCCCCGAUUGAUUUAGUUUUUAAUUGAUGUUAAUGCUGCGUCUGUGACUGAGAAUUCCUAAUGACAUUUUUAUCUGUGUCCAUCAGAUUUGCUACAAUAAAUGUCCAUCAGUUAAACAAAAUUGAAUAAAAUUCACUUUAAUUUUU